CACUCAGUAACCUCAAUCCUACUGAAAUCCUCCCGUCUCUCUCUCUGGAAGUCUGGACCAGCCAUGGAUUACAACACCAGGAAAAGUCUCUGCACCUUCAUGGAUGAAGAAAGAAAGGCCAAGCAAUCCCCUCCCCGUCUCUCCUUUAAAUCCUUUGAGCAGAUAUCUGAUCGAGAUCUCAAUUAUAGCCAUUCAAGAUCUUCAUCAACUGCUGCAGGUAUGUAUUCAUUAAUGCCACCUCCUAGUCCAGACUCGCCCUGGACACUCUCACCCCUUCAAACACCAUCGCCAUCUGUCCUCUACCAUUGCAUCGCCUCGCUCCAUCGCCAUGAAGGAAUCAUCUAUUCCAUUGCCGUUUCGCGAGGGACAGUCUAUACUGGCUCCGAGAGUAGCCGGAUUCGUGCAUGGCGACAGCCGGACUGCACUGAAAGAGGGUACAUCAAAGCCAAUUGUGGCGAAGUCCGUGCAAUAUUAGCUUAUGGAAACAUGCUUUUUACAUCACAUAAAGAUUGCAAAAUCCGCAUGUGGAAUGUAACAGCUUCUGAGAAUUUCAGGGCUAAAAAAAUAACUACAAUGCCAAGGAAUAGCUCGAUUUUCUUGUUUAAUUGGUCGAGUGGACAGCAACAUAGAGAUUGCGUUUCUUGCAUGGGAUAUUAUCAUGCAGAAGGACUUUUGUAUACUGGAUCAUGGGAUAAAACAGUGAAGGCAUGGAGGGUUUCCGACGGUAAAUGUGUGGAUUCAUUUCUUGCUCAUGAAGAUAGUGUAAACGCAAUUGUUAUCAAUCAAGAAGAUGGAUGUGUAUUCACUUGUUCAUCAGAUGGUUCUGUGAAGAUAUGGAGGAGGGUUUAUGACCAAAGCUCUCAUACUCUCACCAUGACAUUGAAAUUCCAACCAUCCCCGGUCAAUGCUCUAGCCUUGAGCACCUCACAUAGCUUUUGCUUCCUGUAUUCAGGAUCAUCAGAUGGAUUUAUCAACUUCUGGGAGAAGGAGAAAAUGUCUAGUCGAUUUAAUCAUGGAGGGUUUCUUCAAGGACAUAGGUUUGCUGUUCUUUCUUUGGUUGCUAUUGAGAAACUAAUAUUCAGUGGAUCAGAGGACACAACCAUCAGGAUUUGGAGAAGGGAGGAAGGGAGUUAUUAUCAUGAGUGUCUUGCUGUCUUGGAUGCUCAUAGGGGGCCAGUCAGAUGCCUGGCUGCUUGUUUGGAGGUUGACAAAUUAAUGGUGAUGGGAUUUUUGGUUUAUAGUGCUGGCUUGGACCAAACUUUCAAGUUGUGGAGAGUGAAGGUUUUGCCUGAUGAAAAGAAUGUAUGCAUGGAAGGUACAGGUAGAAGUGAUAAGAUGAGGAUUACAGAGUAUGAGAUGAGUCCUGUUCUGUCUCCUUCAUGGGUUGAAAAAAAGAGGCAAGGUAAUCCAACAUGAUGCAGUAUUACUUGUUUCCCCUGAAGACAAGAGAAGGGCUUGACAUGCAUGCACUGGAACAGUAUACUCUAGACUCUACCCUGCUAGUAGAAACAAAUAUGUAUCCUUUUAUCUAUUUUUUUUUCUUUGGUUGAUAUCAUAAGCAUUAUUGGUAAGAUAAUCAUUCUCAUAUCAAAAGAAAUCUAUAGCAUUUCAUUACCUUACUCAUAUAUGCUCUCGCAUUUCGCCAGGGUUUUCAGGAUAUGGAAUUUUUUGCCACUUUGACCCAUGUUAACCAUGAUCAUAAUAGCAAAUGUUUCAUGUUUCAUGUAAAGUUGGAAAGGCAACGAGGUAUGGGAUACUUCAAUAGUAGCUAGCUUUAAGAGUCUGGCACUCCUUUUGUCUCAAAAUUACAGUCAUUUUUGCGCGAAUCCAAGUUCUUAUAGAUGCAAGUAAUGAUUAUAGUGUAGAUGA